AUGGAAUCGACGGGGAGGAGUUUGCUGUGGGGAUUGCUUUUCUUCUUGUUGUCGGUUGAGCUGGCGUUUGGCAAUGUAGAGACCAAGAAAAAUAAUCGCCAGAGGCGCGGCGUGAAAAAGAUGGUGAACUCGAUUUGUCGGAUUAAGAAGGAAGAGAGCGGCCGUGCGUGCGUGAAGAAGGUGGAGAUUGCUCUGCGUGAAUUUUGGCUGCUUGAGCAGGAAUAUGAGAAGAUUCUGAAUGUAGCAGGGUGGCUGUUGAAAAGAUUCAAGCUUAGUAGCAAGGUCGUCUUCCAUUUGUACGAGGGGUCACACAAGCUGAGUGAAGAACAAAGCCUGCGAAGAAAGAAAAUACCCCAGCGGAAUAAUAUAGAAAGCCCUAAAAAUAAACUGCCAGAUGCUAGAAUGGGGAUAGUGGGAUUUAGUUGUAUAAAAUGGAAUUUAAUGCCUCUGAUGAAAGAGGGAUUAUACCUGAACUAG